AUGGCCGGUCAGCACAACGGAGGUCGGCGGAGAGCCCGGCCAAAGCUCUCGGCUACGUACAUUUCGAAAUGGCUGCGGGUGCUGAGCAACAUCUUCGCCGGGGUGCUCAUUCUUGGCACGGGCGUCUUGGUGUUGCUGCUUCUGUAUCAAGGCAUGUUUUACAGUCAAUGGAUUCGUCCGAUGGCUCUCGACAAGUGGAAUCCCAUGUUCAAGUCGUGCCGCCUCGACGCAUUGGGGUUUGUGCCUGGCACGUGCGACGACGAGGAAGUCCAGUCGACUGGAGAUGUUGCGUGGGCCAGCAUCGGCGCGCAACUGGCCAUGGAUUUGCUUCGAAACGAGUCGGACGGUCAGGUGUUUGUCACGACCUGCCUGAUCGGCGGGUACGAAAACGCGGCAUGGGCCACCGUCAUGUUCGUCGUUGGCGGCGACAUAUUCCCAGACUGCCAUCCCGUUGGUGAGCAAGCCAUUCUAGGGAUGGCGGCGCUCGAGACGAUUGGAAACGACGACUUUCCAUUUGGAGCGUACCUCCUCAGCACGUUUUCCGACGCCCUCCACGAUCAAGACGAUUGUGACCACGGAUGGCUCGAAACACAGCACGCCAUGGGACACCCACAACUACGUCGCUAG